CAGAAGCGGCCAUGUUGCUUCUCUCUGUUUAUCGUGUGCGGCACCCCGCUUUUCCUCCCGUCAAAUAUCGCGAAUUUCUUCGAAAGUAUCUGGAAAUGUCGGCUUCGAGGUGUUAGAAACGGCCCGGUUCGACGCAAAUUAAGUUUAAUUCGGUAAUUCGGCCGCUUUGCGGAAGGCAGCGUGCCAAAAACGAACGAAAUCAGUUCGUGUUCUCGGUCAAUGGCUGCCCGCGUCCCCCCGUCUAAACAAUGACAUCGGACUAUUUCACGUGAUUGUUUUUAUUCGAACUGCAAAGUGUUGUUGAGGUGAAAAUCCGAAAACUCUGGACGAUUUUGCCGUGAAAAUGAACUCGAACAGUGCGGAAGGGAUUUCCGCUGGACACAAUUCCAACAACACGGAGAACAGUCAAAGGCCUCCACCGGUGACCUCUGUGCCCACUGACUUAAGGGUGAACACGACAGCCCUAAACGCCGUAGCUUUAAGCAGCGUUGCAAAAUACUGGGUGUUGACAAAUCUUUUGCCAGGUCCGAUACCCCAAGUCUCAGUCUACGGACUGCCAGGCGCCAGGGGGGAAAACCAAGGAAAACUGACACAAGAUGCCAUGCUAAGUCAGCACGGCCUGCUCCAAUCAGAUUCUCUGCUUUUGCCACAGCACUCUCAAAUCCCUGUUAGUCUUGCACAAGGUGCAAAUUUAUCACUAACGGGUGGUGCAAUGCACUUAGAUUCGCACAACAAUAUGUCGCAACAGCACCAGCAACAGCAGCAGCAGCAACAACAACAACAACAACAUCAAAACGAUAAUAUUAACAACCAAAAUCAGAUGAAUCGAUCUGAUGUUAAGUUUAGGAUGAACCAUUCUCAACAAAAUCACAAUAAUCAGCAGCAGAACAUGGUGCAGGUGCAAGUGCAAGAUAACAAUCUCGUUUCUGUGAUUGAAGAUAACAAAGACCAGAAGGAUAUAAUUUCUGCGCAGCUGGCGCAGGCGCAGCUAGCGCAGCUGAACGAGAACAACCAAAUCGCUCAGCAGGGUCUCACUGUGCAGCAAUUGCAACACCUGCAGGUGCAACAGGUGUUGGACAACGUUGUGCGCAUGGAGAGUGCCGUGGAAAACAACCAAAAUCACUCGAAUAACGACCAGGAAAUGAGCGAAAACAUGCAACAGAUCGUCAAGGACGAAAAGGUGCUUCAGAAUUGCAAAUUGCUUUCCGGGGGCCCUUUCGGCAUGCAAGACGUUAAAGGGAACAUCAUGGAUGUCAGAACAGCAGAUGGAAAUAUUGUUAAGAUACAGACAAAUUUGCAGGAGCAAGAGUUGGCUAAGACUUUGGGGGUGGAGAUGGUUCAAAACAUGUACAAAGUGAAUGUUGAUGAUUUGAACCAACUCUUGGCGUAUCAUGAGGUUUUUGGUAAGCUCCAAGGCGAUAUUGCAAAUACAACGCAGAAUAUAAUUCAGAACUCGAACAACAGUAAUAUUCAGCAGAACAACAGCAACAUUUCCAUUGUCACUAAAGACGAGCAGGAAGCGUCAACUUCGAACAUCAACAAUGAAAAUGUGCCUUCCGUUAUAACGGGCAAUCACGUGUGCGAUCUGUGCGGAAAAAUAUUCCAGUUUCGGUACCAACUGAUUGUUCACAGGAGAUACCACACGGAAAGAAAACCUUUUACUUGUCAGGUAUGCGGCAAAGCGUUCACCAACGCCCAAGAGCUGUCGCGUCACGGAAAGUGCCAUCUAGGGGGCAGCAUGUUCACUUGCGCCGUAUGCUUUCACGUGUUCGCCAAUCAAGCUUCGCUUGAGCGCCACAUGAAGCGCCACAGUACCGAUAAACCGUACAAUUGCACUAUCUGCGCGAAAUCGUUUGCGAGAAAGGAGCAUCUCGAGAAUCACACUAGGUGCCAUACGGGCGAAACGCCCUACAGAUGCCAGUACUGUGCCAAAACGUUCACCAGGAAAGAGCACAUGGUGAACCACGUGAGGAAGCACACGGGCGAAACGCCGCACAGGUGCGAAAUUUGCAAGAAGUCCUUCACCAGGAAGGAGCACUUCAUGAACCACGUCAUGUGGCACACGGGAGAGACCCCGCACCAGUGCACCAUUUGCGGGAAGAAGUACACCAGGAAGGAGCAUUUGGCCAACCACAUGCGCUCCCAUACGAACGAUACGCCUUUUAGAUGCGAAAUUUGCGGUAAAUCCUUCACGAGGAAGGAACACUUCACGAACCACAUAAUGUGGCACACGGGCGAGACGCCGCACCGUUGCGACUUCUGCUCGAAAACGUUCACCAGGAAAGAGCACCUUUUGAACCACGUGCGCCAGCACACCGGGGAAUCCCCGCACCGGUGCGGUUUCUGCUCGAAGUCCUUCACGAGGAAGGAGCACCUGAUAAACCACGUGAGGCAGCACACCGGCGAGACGCCCUUCCGGUGCAGCUUCUGCCCCAAGGCGUUCACCAGGAAGGACCAUUUAGUGAACCACGUCAGGCAGCACACGGGCGAGUCGCCCCACAAGUGCACCUUCUGCACCAAGAGCUUCACCAGGAAGGAGCACUUGAACAACCACGUGAGGCAGCACACCGGGGAGUCCCCGCACAGGUGCCAUUUCUGCUCCAAAUCGUUCACGAGGAAGGAGCAUCUGACCAAUCACGUCAGAAUCCACACCGGAGAAUCGCCCCAUCGUUGCGAGUUCUGUCAAAAAACGUUCACGAGAAAGGAACACUUGACCAACCACUUGCGGCAACACACCGGGGAAACCCCGCACUGUUGCAACGUCUGCUCCAAGCCGUUCACAAGGAAAGAGCAUCUGAUCAAUCACAUGAGAAGCCACACCGGGGAACGGCCCUUCGCUUGCGGGGAGUGCGGCAAGUCGUUCCCGCUGAAGGGCAACCUGCUGUUCCACCAGCGGUCGCACAACAAAGGCGCGGCGGCCGAGAGGCCGUUCCGGUGCGACUUGUGCGAGAAGGACUUCAUGUGCAAGGGGCACCUGGUGUCGCACCGUCGCUCGCACAGCGGAGAAAGGCCGCACGUGUGCCCGACUUGCGGCAAGACUUUCGUCGAAAAAGGCAACAUGAUCAGGCACAUGCGGAAGCAUGGGCCCGAAGCGGGACCCGGAAAUAAUGUGAACGUGCAACAAUCUCAAAACCAGACCGCGCAGCAACAGAGCGCCACCUCCGCCUCGAUAGCCGCCACAAUCGCCGCCACCAUCGCAAACAACAUCCACAUACCGCAGGUGCAGCAGCAGCAGCAAGCCGGCCCGCCCAACGGCGGCGGCGGCGGCAACAUAGCCGCCCCCUCGGCCCCCUCAGUCCCCGGCAGCCAGCAGCAGCCGAACGCGGGCAACCAGCAGGUCGCGAACAACGGCGGCCACCUGAACCUGCACGCGGGCAACCCGCACCCGGUCGUCGUGCCGACCGCCAACGGCAACGUGCUGGCGUCCUAUUAGGUAAGAAAAAUCGGGUAGGGUUUAUUUGUUUGCCUGUGAUUCUUCGCCCUCUUCUCGGAUUUUUUUUGCCGAUUUUGCGUUUUUUACGCAAGAAAAAAUGCGUGAAUCCGGCAACGUUGCAUUUUUUACAAAUUUGGCAGCGUCGCAUUUUUUCCAAAUUUGAUAAGGUCGCAAUAUUCGGAAAUUUGACAACGUCGCAUUUUUUCCAAAUUUGGCAACGUCGCAAUUUUCGAAAAUUUGACAACGUCGCAAUUUUCGGACGAUUGGCAACGUCGCAAUUUUCUGAAAUCUGACAACGUCUCAUUUUCGGUCGCAAUUUUCGAAAAUUUGACAACGUCGCAAUUUUUUCAAAUUUGGCAACGUCGCAAUUUUCUGAAAUUUGACAACGUCGCAAUUUUCAAAAUUUUGACAACGUCGCAAUUUUCGGAAAUUUGACAACGUCGCAAUUUUCGGAAAUUUGUCAACGUUGCAAUUUUUGGAAAUUUUACAACAUGGCAAUUUUGCAAAUUUAGCAACCUUAUUUUUAAUAGUUAUUUGUUUUACAAGUGUUGAAAAGCGACUUUUUCAUGCGAGUUUUUAAGUUGCCCACGAGGCCGUUAGGCCGAGUGUGCAUUAACACGAGCUUGAAGAAAGCUUUUCUCACAAGUAUAACACAAUGUUUUUUUCUGCGACCCUUUUAUUUUUUAUUAUUUUUAAAUACAAAACAAAAUAACCUAAAAACUUUUUUGACAGCUGAAUGUCAAACGAUGCUUUCCGGUUCUUUUCACACAGAUCUGUCACUUAUCACACAGAAAUGUCACUUUACAUUCGUGUUUUGCCUUGCCAAUGAAAAGAUUCAUUUUCUAAGCAACGAUGCCAUCAUGAAAAGUGACUUUUACAUAGUGGUCGUAGAAAAAAUAUUUACAAACAUAUUUUUUAAUUAACAUAAAUUGUUUUUUUACAUUUUUAAAAAUGAUAUUACAAUUUUAUAAAAAUGUUAUAAUUUUUUACAACAAAAUUAUGCAUGUAUACAAUUUUUUUUUAAAUUCACAUAAAUUCGAUUUUUUUUUCUUUUUUGCCAUUAUCACAAAUUUCAUGUUUUUUUUACAUUAAAGCACAUUUUUGAAAAUUUGACAAUUGUAAUUUUUGGAUCUUUUUCACCAUUAUCACAAAUUUCAUGAUUUUUUAACAUUAAAACACAUUUUUGGAAAUUUGACCACAAAAUUUGUAAACGUUGCAUUUACAUACAAACAUUUUUUUUUAAUUUAAACAAAUUAGAUUUUCUUUUUACUUUUUUACAAUCAUCACAAAAUUUAUGAUUUUUUAACAUUAAAAUGUUUUAAUGUGUUCACAUUUUUGGAAAUUCGACAACAUUGCAAUUUUUGGAAAUUUUUGAAAAUUUGUAAAUAUUGCAAAUUUUAAAAAUUAAGCAAUGUUGCGUUUAUAUACAAACAUUUUUAAUUUAUUUAUAUAAAUUCUCUUUUAUAAUUUCUUUAAGAUUCUGUCACAUCAUUUUGUGUUAGGUUCCACUGAUAUGAUGACAUUUUAGCUUCCUUUUUGUACGAAGUUAAAAUUCGUACAAAAACGAAACCAAAAUGCCAUCAUGUCAUUUGAACCUAACCUAAAAUGAUGUGACAGAUUCUUAAAGGAAUAUUCUAAUUAAAUGUUUUAUGAAAAUUAUUAUACGCUUAUAUAUAUACUUAUAUAAUUUUAUUGAAAUCGGAAUUUGGCAACGCUCUCAUUUUCGGAAAUUUGGCAACAUUGCAAUUUGUGGAAAAUUGACAACGUGGCGUUUUUGACUUGCGUAAAAAACCAAGAAACUUAACUUUCGGUUAUCAUAACAGUUCACUUACAUUUGAUUGUUGAAUUUCCCUAGCAAAAAAUAAACGCCUACCCUGCCCCCCCCCAACUAUUUUUAGUAUUUAAAUUGUGUGAUAUACUUAUACAGGGUGUUGCGAACUGAUUCUUGAAUUGUUAGUGCGAUUUUAGAGCAGCAAUCAGUUCGAUAUCCUGUACUCUGUUCUAAAUGAAAUUUCUAUUUGGUUGAUCAGUAUUUUUUUUUACUCGAACUAAAAAGAUAUAAUAAAGGAAUUGUAUUGAAAAAUAUGGCACUGCCUUUGGUGAUACUAAAUGAAUCUUGAUGGGUUAUACUUUUUCAUUUUUGAAUUAAAUAUGUAUUGGGAACAAAAAAUAUGAAAUACGUUUCAUAUCUUGUAGUCGAUUUUAGACUUGCUGUAAAAAUUAGAUUUGAUAAAAAAUAUAGAUCUUAUUACUAAAAAACUUUUGAUUUUGACUGAGAAUGAAUAUAAAUAAAACUAUUUUAAAUAUUUAUAUUGUGAUCUUUCGCUUUAUUUGUACAGUUUUGCGAUAUAUAUUUUAUUUAACUGGAAUCUAAAUUUAUAAUUUUAUAUUAUUUUCUACAAAAUGCAAUAUAAAUAACUAAAAUGUUUAAGCUAUGUACAUAAAAAGUACUAUAAUGUAUAUUUGUUAUAGAAGUAUCUUAGUUUAUAAAUAAAAGUAUAGAUAAAUUUAUUAUGUACAAUUACAAAUAUUUAUUGUAAAUAUGUUGUAUUAUUAAAUAUUUGUAAUUCUAAAUAAUUUUAAAUAUGAAAGAUAUUAUUAAAUUUAUAGAAAAUAUACACCAUUAAUUUUAUGUUUAGUUUUAUUUUGUAAUACCAGCAAAAAUGUAUGUUUCUUUUUUUAAUAAAAAGAUAGCUGUAUUAAAACAUAUUUUUAUUUAUCCAAACCAAUAAAACAAAGGUAAGUAUUUUUAGUGCUUUCCCAUACUUAAGUCUUAAAAAACAAUGACAAAAUUACAGGUCGUCCCAUCCAAGGUCGGUAAAUAGAGAAUAAUAAUAACAAAUGUUAAAAUUAAAUAUUCAAAUAAACAUCACAGAAAAUUUACACGCUGCUAAACAUUAUGGUCAACAUAUUUUUUACACAGUAAUAAUUAUAUUUUGUAAAAAAAUUCCAUAAAAUGCAUUAACUAAUAAGGAAAGUUUUUACAGUUAUUGAUUAUUAAAUCAAUUAUAAAAUAAUUGCAAUGUAUUUAUUAUAGGUAUUUUUAGCUUCAUUAUAUAAUGAAAUCAAACGCUUGUUGGGUAUUUAAUGUUUAUUUUACAAUAAAUUAAAAUAUACUGACUAUUUUCUUGACUACAAUUAGUUUUUUACACCAGUCAAAAUAUUUUAUCUUGUUGACCAAUGUCAAUAUUCUAUGGCAUUAAUAAAAAAAAUAUACAUAUCACAAGUUCAUCUACAUCACAACAUCAAAACUAGAGAAACAAGAACAACCACUGAACUUAGGAAGAAUUUGGAAGCUGUUGAAGGGGUGUCCAUGUUACCGUUAAUAUGGGCCAUGUGAUCCAUAUGGUUGUGAUACAUCUGGUCUGAAGUUGAGGCUUGAGGUUCUUUGGUGGAAUAUUCGUUGGUGUCGUAGGCGAAAUUGUCCUCCAAAUAGGAUUUGGAGUCGAUGAACGCCGUGAUGAGUCUGAAGUUGGCUUCGUUUACAUUAUAACCGUUGUAGAUGAAUUUGUUCAACUUGUUAACCAGGACGGUUAGGUUGCCGUUGUCGAAGGUAAAGGAAGUGACCCAUUGUAAAUAUUCUGGAUCUCUCGCGAUGGGUCUUUGGUUACCCUGGAAGGUCAUCUUGGUGUCCCAUUUGGCGACAGCAUUCGUCCCCAAAAGUCCAUAGUACAAGUUGGCCUUAUUGUCCAUAAUCAUACCCACCGACUGAGAGGGUUUUUCCCCUAGAUCCAUAACCGCGCCUUGGUACUCGUUUCCGUUAUUCGAGCUCUUCACAUCCUUCAAAACGGUGGUGUUCAACGAAAACAAUCGCAAGCUGGACAGGGGUGCGUAGUAGACUUCGCGAUCUUCACUUAUUUUGACCUUGUCGUCGCUUGCUUGGACCUUAGGGCCCAACGCGAUACCGGCUAUGUUGAUUGGCGCGGAGAUUGUCACCUCGUUCACUCUGAACUGAGCGGCGUUAGGGUCGGCCCUCAUCGAUGGCCCGUGGCGGAUUUUCCAGGAAUUGUUCUCUUUUAGCGAGUAAACGAUCAAAC